CUUUUUACGCGCGCGAAUUUCUGCGGGAGGUGCGCUAGAUGUGCCUGUGGAUGCGGUGCUGGGGAAGAACUCAAUGUUGUAAAGUGUUCACGGUGGUUGUGUUACAUUUAUAGCUGCACCUCACUCAAAGCUACUGGUCAAAGCAGUUGUCUCAACACAUCCUGCCCUGCGAAGUUAACAGGUUUUGUCUCAGUGUAAAAACUGCCAUGGCACCUGUGAGUGGCGCCUACAAUCCAGAAUUUCUGGAUGAUUUCUUGCCGUUAUACUAUGGAAAAUUGUUUCCCAUUGACACGUUUUACAAGUGGAUAACCUACGCUGACAAGUCAAGGGGUGCAAACCGCGAAAUAUCCUUCACUUUGAGAGACGAUGUUUACAUCAGGUUUCAGUCCUUUUCAAGCAUGCAAGAACUGCAAAGGGCAUUGAAGGAUAAACGCCCGCACAAGAUUGAUAUUGGCGCUGUCUACAAUUACAAUCCGAAGAACCACCACGAACCUUCGUUUGGACCUGUUGAAAGGGAACUAGUGUUUGACAUCGAUAUGACAGAUUACGACGACGUGCGAACGUGCUGCCAAGGGGCCGAAAUAUGCAAAAGUUGCUGGGCCUUCAUGACUUUAGCCAUGCAGAUUUUGGACAGGGUAUUGAGAGAGGAUUUUGGUUUCAAGCACAUUUUGUGGGUCUACUCGGGGCGCCGUGGAGUGCAUUGCUGGGUGUGUGAUGCAAGAGCAAGGAGACUUCGAGCGGCAGCACGGGCAGCCAUUGCCAACUAUAUCAGUCUCUUAAAGUCACAAGCUCAGAACUCCAAGAAAGUAUCUUUGUUCAAAAGUAUGCAUCCAAGUGUGAGGGAAACAUUAAAGAUUGUAAAGGACUACUUUCCAGUGAUUGCCCUCCAGAACCAAAAGUUGCUUGAGGCUGACAAGUUUUGGCAUGAUCUGGUUAGCGCCUCCUCUGAUAGCUCUUUUAAGGAAGACAUCGAAAAGAGUGUUUUGUCGCAAACAUCAUCUGAGAAGCGCUGGGAAGCUUUUGUUGCUGUGGUUGAAAAAGCGCAGCAAAAGAGUGCUAAGUAUCAGUUUAUUUUGGAAGAAGUAAUGCUUGAACUAUGCUACCCAAGACUUGAUGUGGCUGUUACAAAAGGCACUCAACAUCUGUUGAAAGCACCAUUCUCUGUGCAUCCUAAGACUGGUCGAAUUUGUGUGCCCAUAGACAUCACAAAUGUCACUGCAUUUGACCCUUUUGCGGUGCCGACUGUCAGCCAACUGUCCAAUGAGAUUGAUGAGUAUGACGCCCAGCACAAAGCCGUAGAUGUUGGCAAUUCAACUGUUCAAGAAUACAAGAAGACAGGCCUUGCAUCUAGCGUUUCAUUGUUUCAAGGCUUUGUGGACAAGGUUUGUCUCGCAGAAGCAGAUGUAGUCAUUAAGAAAAUAGAUCAGUCAAUGGAGUUCUGAAGCCUUCCAGAAUGAAAUGCUUUGUUAACUUAAAGCUUGCUAAUUAUUUUGUCCUCUGCAUUAAACCAGUGAUACAAAA